AUGAGGCAUUUUGGAUUAUCACUCUUCUUAUGUUUACAAAUAACACGGAUAUAUACCUCAAUUUUGACAAAUCCGUUAAAAUGUUCUUCGUUGCAAACACCGUGUUUCAAAGCAUUUUCUGACUUUGAUGCCUUGACAGUCGACCCAUUGGUAUUAGAUUAUUUUAAAUUAGAGCGGGAUGACUUGGAAUUUGAAAUUAAGCAUACCAGGGUACAUGGACUUCAAAACAUGAUUAUCGACGAGUUCAGAGCCGACUCUAAUACAAGCAUGCUCCAUAUGAAAUUUCGCACCGACCUGUUAGUUACUGGUAUUUAUAAAGCUGCUGGGUCCUUAUUCUAUAUGCCAAUGAACGGAGAAGGAGAGUACUCGGCAUCACUAAAAAACGUGGAAAUAGAUACAGUUGCACCGUUCAGCAUUGUAAGAAAUGCUUUUGGUGAGGACCUGAUAGAAGCUUCAAAUUAUAAGUUCAGUUACGAUAUUAAAGAUUAUGCGGAAUAUCGCCUAAACAAUUUUUACUACGGAUUUUCAGGAUUCAGUGAAUUACUACACUAUCUGAUUAAUAAUAAUUGGAAAUACAUAUCAACGAAAUACACCAACGCUUUCAUAGCGAACGCCGUUGAGAACGUGGCCAAGACACGUAAAACAUACUUUCGUUUAAAUCCUCUCCAGUUUUUGGUACAGUAG